AGAGAGAGAGAGAGAGAGAGAGAGUGUUUAUUACCCUACUUCACUGCCCCUCCCCUCUGCAGAAUAAACAGGUAGCCGGUAAAAGUGAAAGUCAGAGUCUCCAUUUUGUUUCCAUGGGAAAAUACACUAUUUCAGGAGUAAAAACACAGUGAGUAUCUACAUCUAAAGCUAUAAUAUAUAAACACACUGAAUGUACACCAGAUGCAGAAGAGUGUUGUGGGUUUGUACUGAAGUUUGAAUGUACACAGGUUGUCUUAUGUCUUGAUACCAUGACUGUUUCCUGUAAGUGAACUCUGUGCUGAUACAGGGUUUGAUUUAAAACACCGAUGUUGGAGUAAAGUAAACGUGUGUCCUCCUGUAAUCUGGGGAAGGAGACAUGACCUCCAACAUGAGUGUGUCUGGAGAACAGGACUUAAAGAAAGACGAGAAAAUGAUGGAGGGAAAGAGAUCAGACUCACCCGAACCCAGCUGUGUGUCCAUGAAGAGUGACGACUCAAUGAGACCUCCAGUCAACUUCAGAGACCGAGCCAGUUCUGAUGUGAGACCACAACAGAAGAAAUCAAACCUCAGCAGAAAUCAGUUGGACUCCAUAUUCAAGGAGCUGGAACACAAAGUCAUCACUCUGAUAAAGAAUGAGCUGAAGAGGUUUAGGAAGCUCCUGAGUCCAGAUUACCCAGCAUGCACUGAGAGGGACGUGGAGGAUGAGGAGGAUCUUCACAGUGUCAGAGAGGGAGCGCUGAAGAUCACACUGCACGUCCUGAAUAACAUGAACCACACAGAUCUCGCUAACACACUGCAGAACAAGCCUGUGGCCUCUGUGUACCAGACAAAUCUGAAAUCCAACCUGAGAGAGAAGUUUAAAAGAAUUACUGAAGGAAUCUCACAGCAUGGAAGCUCAGCACUUCUGAAUGAGAUCUACACAGAGCUCUACAUCACAGAGAGUUGGAGUGGAGACGUCAAUAAUGAACAUGAGGUGAGACAGAUUGAGACAGCGUCCAGGAGACCAGCAACACAGGAGACACCCAUCAAAUGUAAUGACCUCUUUAAAGACAAGUCCAUAAGAAGAGUGCUGACUAAAGGAGUUGCUGGAAUUGGAAAAACAGUCUCUGUGCAGAAGUUCAUUCUGGACUGGGCUGAAGGAAAAGCAAAUCAGGAUGUCACCUUCAUGUUUCCACUUCCCUUUAGAGAGUUGAAUCUAUUGAAGCAGAAAAAUCUCAGUCUGAUGAAUCUUCUUCAUCACUUUUUCCCUGAAAUGAGAAAACUAGAAUUAUUAGACUCCUACAAAGUGGUGUUGAUCUUUGAUGGUCUGGAUGAGUGUCGACUUCCUCUAAAUUUCCAGAAGAAUGAGAGAUUGUGUGAUGUGACAGAGUCAUCCUCAGUGGAUGUGCUGCUGACAAACCUCAUCAAGGGGAAUCUGCUUCCCUCUGCUCUCCUCUGGAUAACCUCUCGACCAGGAGCAGCCAAUCAGAUCCCUCCUGAGUGUGUAGACCAGGUAACAGAGGUACGAGGGUUCAGUGAUCCUCAGAAAGAGGAGUUCUUCGGGAAGAGGAUCAGUGAUCGGAGCCUGGCCGAUAAAAUCAUCUCACACAUGAAGUUUUCAAGAAGCCUCUACAUCAUGUGCCACAUCCCAGUCUUCUGCUGGAUCUCAGCCACUGUUCUAGAGAGAAUGUUGCUUGAAGCAGAGAGUGGAGAGAUCCCCAAUACUCUGACUCAAAUGUUCACACACUUCUUGAUCUUUCAGAUCAAACACAAGGAUCAAAAGUACCAUCAAAAAUGUGACCCUGAUCCUCAGCAGACCAGGGAGAGUAUCCUGGCACUGGGAAAACUGGCUUUCCAACAGCUGGAGAAAGGAAACCUGAUCUUCUAUGAGGAAGACCUGAGAGAGUGUGGCAUUGAUGUGAGAGAAGUGUCCGUGUACUCAGGAGUGUGUACCCAAAUCUUCAGACAGGAGUUUGGGUUUCACCUGGGGAAGGUGUUCAGCUUUGUACAUCUUAGUGUUCAGGAGUUUCUGGCUGCUUUAUACACAUUUCUCUCCUUCAUCAGCAGAAAUGUAACAGAACAAAAAACCACUGAUUUGUCUGAUCUUCUCAACAAGUCAAACAUGUCUGAUCUCCUCAGGAGUGCAGUGGACAAGGCCUUACAGAGUGAGAAUGGACACCUGGACCUGUUCCUCCGCUUCCUUCUUGGUCUCUCACUGGAGUCCAAUCAGACUCUCUUACAAGGCUUAAUGCCCCAGACAGGAAGCAGCUCUCACAGCAAACAGGAAACACUUGAGUACAUCAAGGAGAGGAUCAAGGAGAAUCCAUCUCCAGAGAAAUCAAUCAAUCUGUUUCACUGUCUGAAUGAACUGAAUGAUCAUUCUCUAGUACAGGAAGUACAAACUUACCUGAACAGUGGAGGUGACAGUCGUCUCAGUGGAACCAGACUCUCUCCUGCUCAGUGGUCAGCUCUGGUGUUUGUGUUACUGAACUCAGAAGAAGAGCUGGAUGAGUUUAAUUUGAGGAAAUAUGACCCAUCAGAGGAAUGUCUUCUGAAGCUGCUGCCAGUGGUAAAAGCCUCCAGAAAAGCUGAGCUGUGUUUGUGUAAUCUGACAGAGGAAAGCUGUAGAGUUCUGUCCUCAGUUCUCAGCUCAAACUCCUCCAGACUGAGAGAACUAGACCUGAGUGGAAAUAAUCUGCAGGAUUUAGGAGUGAAGCUGCUCUCUUAUGUACUGGAGAAUCCACACUGUACACUGGAGAUACUGAGGCUGUGGAGGUGCAAUUUGACAGAGGAAAGCUGUAGAGUUCUGUCCUCAGUUCUCAGCUCCAACUCCUCCAGAUUGAGAGAACUGGACCUGAGUCACAAUAACCUGCAGGAUUCAGGAGUGAAGCUGCUCUCUGCUGGACUGGAGAAUCCACACUGUACACUGGAGAUACUGGGGAUGUGGAAUUGCAAUAUUACACAUGAAGGUUGUGCUGCUCUGGCUUCUGCUCUGAGGUCAAACUCCUUAUCACACCUGAGAGUACUGAAUCUGAACGGUAAUAAUCCUGGAGAAUCAGGAGUGAAGCUGCUCUCUGAUCUACUGAAGGAUCCACACUGUAAACUGGAGACACUACACAUUAAGGGUAAUAAACUCACCAGGAUUGGCAUAUGACAGGAGUCUCACCUCAAACCUCUUCUCCAGGAUAAAGCAGUUUUGGUGAAGAGUUAGAACCCCUCCUACAUUUCCAGCAGUUUGGGAGCUGAAUCAUUAAACAUAAAGGGGCAGGGCAGAAACAAGUCAAGAACAGGCAGAAGGUCAUACACAGGAGAAAUCAACACACGUAACCAAAUAUCUGCUGUACAAAGCAACGGCAACGAUCUGCCCAGGGGAUGGAGACUGACAAGGCUUAAGUACAUGUCUGGAAAUGUACAGCCAACUAAUC